AUGGUAAGUUAAUUGAGUAUAACACGCGUAAAAUCCCUUUUGUUUAAAACUUUUCCUCAUUCUUCAUGCAUUAUAUAAUAACAUCAAUUUUCAGCUCUCAAUCGCCUUUUCUAUACCAUUUUCCAUCUCUCCGUCGCUGCCGCCGGCCCAUAUGUGUCAUCAGCAAGGCGAGGAGUUCAUGGAAUGCGGCCCUCACUGUGAGGAGACCUGCGACGAACUGCGGAAUGGAACCCGCCGUUCGUGCGUGUUUGGCUGUCGCCGCGGGUGCUUCUGCGAUCAUCGGCAUGUUCGCUACCGCGGGAAAUGCAUCACGAGGACAAAGUGUACAGGAAGUAGGUGAUAUAACAACCGUUUGUUAUUAUUUUCUCUUCAUUUUUUAUUUAUAACAUAAGUACUCAAGAGCGAAGCUCAGAGUUUCUUUAAAUUUUGCGCACAUGUCGGGAAUAGGCCACAUAUCAAUUCUAGAAAUUCUUAGCUCGCGUUUUGCAAGGGCAGCCAAGAUAUUCAACGGUCUUUUCCGCCGAUAGAGUACGCAAAACGUCAAGAGCGAUCAGAGAGUUUAACUUUUUUAAAUGUAGGGCCUAUACAGGUCGACAAAAUUUUCUUUCCGCCUGGAUCUCGGGAACUGCUGAACCAAGAACCUUGAAAAUGGGCACAGAAACAAUCUGGGACGCAAUAACACCGCACCCAAAAAAUCGUAUCAUUUGAUGCACUUUCCGUACACUUUUUUCAUAAAUGGCAAAAAACAGGAUGACAAAAUUUUCUUUCCACUUUGCACAAACGUUUGUAACUCAUCAGAGGUCGCUAAGGCAUGGUUGCGGUAUCGUUGUGAUUGAAGAGCUCUCUCGAUUGGUGAAAGACCAUAAUUUCCCAUGCCAAACAUAGAGAAAGCCUUGACCGGUCAUCUCAAAAUUUCUCACUGAAAAUUUUAGCAAUUCCAACACUCUUUUUCUAACACCAAAUUUCAGCAAUUUCCCCAUCUCCACCCAAGUUCCCUCUCCUGAACGACGCCAAUGGUCUGGAUCCCAACGAGUUCGAGGACGAGCAACUCUACUCCGCCGAGAACGGCCCUCAAGACCCGAGAUGUCAGAAGAACGCGUACCUCAAAUCGUGCGCUGACAUCUGCCCCAAACCGUCGUGUCAUCAUCCCAAACCAGUGAGCAAACUGUUUCCGAAAUACGAUCUCUUUAUUCCGUCUUACUAAUCAAUAGUUUUGCAGUUUUUCCCCUGCUUUUCCCUGCGUUGCGGCCGACCGAGAUGCGAGUGCAAAGAGAAGCACGUGUACAAAGAUGAGCAGCGUCUGGAAUGUGUUCACAUCGACAAAUGCCCCAUGCCAAAGCCUGUUGACCUACAUCGUUAUAUUUGA